CCCCGCCCACACUGAGCGCCCCCCCGGUCCCGGCAGAUCGUGGCGUUCAAGGAGGGCGAGCAGAAGGAGAAGGAGGGCAUCCUGCGGCUGCGCCGUGCCAACGCGCUGAAGCCCGGCCCGCCGGCGCCCGGCCCCCCCUCCUGCGUGUGCGGCCAGCCGCCCGGGCCCGGCAUGCUGCGCUGCGAGCUCUGCCGCGACUGGUUCCACGCUCCCUGCGUGGCCUGGCCCCGCCUGGGCGCCCAGAAGCCCUCGCCCGCCUGGUGGGAGUGGGACGCCAAGUUCCUGUGCCCGCUGUGCCAGCGCUCCCGCCGCCCGCGCCUCGAGACCAUCCUGGCCCUGCUGGUGGCCUUGCAGAAGCUGCCCGUGCGGCUGCCCGAGGGCGAGGCCCUGCAGUGCCUGACGGAGCGCGCCAUCACCUGGCAGGACCGCGCCCGCCAGCUGCUGGCCUCGCCCGAACUGGCCGGGCCCCUGGAGCGCCUGGCAGCCUUGCGCCAGCGGCUGCACGGGGACGCCGGCGCCCUGCGGGAGACCAGCCGCAACGAGCAGCCCAAGCUUUCCCUUGAGAACGGGGACACCACGCCACCGGAGAAGAUGGGCCCCUUCACCUCUGGUAACGUGCCCCACGUUUUCUGUGCCCCGGGGGGGGCAGGGGCUGGCACCGAGU